AUGGAGCCAGUACGGGAGAACGGAAGCGGACGGGAGGAGGACGCAGAUGUGCAGCCGAUUUCGAAAGUGGGGAUUGAGCCAGCACGGGAGAACAGAAUUGGACGGGAGGAGAACGAAGAUCUGGCAGCCGCACUCCAAAGGGUGAUAGAUGUGGAUCCGCAAAUGGUAGCGAUUGCAGGCCGCGAACAGAACAGGGGAGAACAAAAUCACGGACAAGAUGAUAUUGAUUACAUCUACGUCCCCCGAGAUGUAGUAGCCGGGUUGGUGGUUCUUUCAAGAACGACGGAAAUGAGCUACUUCGUGCAUAAUCUGGAAAAUCUGGUCUACGAAGGUGACCCAGAGAUAAGAGACCUUUGCGACCAUCGGCACCAGGAAAAAAUUGAUUUCAUCGAAUGGUGCCUAUUCGAACACUAUGAUGUAGAGGAACGCAAGCGCGAAAGUGUGUGGAAAAAAAUGAAAGGCCGUCUGGAUCAACGCGUACGCAAUACCAGAAGGCCAGUGGGACACACAGUGGCAAGGGGGAACAGAAAUGGAUCGGAGGAGGACGAAGAUGCGGCAGCCGCACUCGAAAGAAUAAGAUUGGCAGAUGAGGAUCCGCAAAUGGUGGCGAUUACAGACCGCGAGCGCAACAGGGGAAAUCGAAACCAUGAAGAUGACAUGUUAUUACGUUUUCCCGAGUAG